AGUAAACACGCAUACUCUGGUCCUCACAAGGAAUGGUACCCAACUUUGCAGUGCUUUAAAAAAAUAUUUAAAGAUUGACUUCUUCAUAAAAGAUUGAAUUUAGAAGCGUGCUGGAUUGUGAGAUACCCGCUACCCAUUUUGAGCAAAGAAGCUUUGUUAUUUUAAUGCCUAUAUUAUAAGCAAGCGAUAAGCACUGUUUUCUUAUAUACGAGUUUGAAAAACAUUAUAUAGUUGUGAAAUUUGAGAUUAGCACGCAGUGCAUUUACGGAUCUCUAACUACAAUGUUCAAGCUCAGCGUGAUUUUCUUUCUUGCUUUUGGCUCAGCGAUCGCUUUUUCUCCUAUCGAUGUUGAAAGAAAUGCGGACGCAUUAUGCAUUAGAGGCGAUUCCAAACCGGGAUAUUGUGUACUCCUAAGACAAUGUUCGUUCAUUAAAAAUAUUCUUUCGGAAAUACGUCCUGGAAUUCCACCCACACCCACUAACAAAUUGUAUAUCCAAAAAUCAAAAUGUGGAUCAAGGCCAAAAAAUACGAGACAUGUGUGCUGUGAAGAAAAUGAAAAGAUUGACCAGGCAAUUCACGAUCUGUCAACAGAAGAUUGCGGAAGAUUUGAAACGGAUAAGAUAAUUGGUGGUAAAGAAAUUCAAUUAAUGUCCAGGCCCUGGAUGGCGCUUCUCAAUUUUAGAACCAAAGAUGGUAGAAAUGGUUUCACAUGUGGCGGCACCCUGAUAAACAAACGUUACGUACUAACAGCUGCUCAUUGCUUCACAAAUCAAGAACUAUUAUAUGUGCGUCUGGGAGAACACAACAUAAGCCAGCAAAUAGAUUGCAAGGGGAAUCGUUGUGCGCCACCAAUUGAAGAUAUUGGCAUUGAACGCAUUUUUGUGCAUGAAAAGUACUCACAUGAAACUGGUCAUAAUGAUAUUGCUCUAGUGAAACUCUCCCAAGUCGUAGAAUUCCGAGAAAGCGUUAUGCCCAUCUGCCUGCCAACGUCCGAGAUUCUUCAAAACAAAGUCAAGACUACGCAAAGAUUCCGUGUUACUGGGUGGGGUAAAACGGAAACCACUGAUUUCUCUGAUGUUCCAAUGGAAACCGGUGUAAAUCGGGUAGACCACUCAAUAUGCCAGAAUUCAUAUCAUAGAGAAAUAUCUUCAACUCAAAUAUGCACUGGAAGCGUUGGAAAGGACUCCUGCAAUGGUGAUUCGGGUGGACCACUGUCAUAUGUGGCUUAUUUGAAUGAUUAUCAACGGUUUGUACAGUAUGGAGUUGUGAGUUUUGGAUCACAGACAUGCGGUGACGGUCAUCCGGGUGUCUACACAAACGUUGGAAGUUACAUUCGCUGGAUCGCCUACAAGAUUGCCACCAAAUAAAUUGAACAAUAUAAUUAAUAUUUUAAAUGCAAUAUUGAAAUUCAAUUUAAUGACAGUAAAUAUGUACGUUGAUUAAUAAUAACAAAUAAUAAUUGUUCAGAUUUUUUUAUGUUGCCCACUAAAUAACAUGGAAGUGAAUGAAUUGAGAAUCUACAAUUUAAUUUGUAAUUUUAAGUGAAUUUUUAUAAUAAAGAAAAAUACCAAAAUCCA